AUGCUGGACUCCAUCAUGCAAGUCUCCAUUAAUGCUCCAGAAAGUAACCAGUGCAGAGACAUUGUCAACUCUGCCAUAGAUAACUGGCUAAAACAGAAGCCAAGGGAAAAGGUCAAGAAAGCAACUCUCAGAACCCAGUCUGAAAACGCUUUGGAAGGGGUUGAGAAGGAACCUCAGGGAGGUAAACUCUUCUUGGAAGGUGAUGCUGAAGGAGAAGAAGAAGAAGAAGAAGCAGUCCCUGCCACUCCAGAUCAGAGCCUUAGCACAGAUUUGGAAGCUUCUGCAGAAGAAGAAGUAGCAGUUGUUGCCUCUACAACUAGUCUUCCAGACCCUGAUUAUGAUUCAGCUGCUGUAAGUGACUGUGAAAGUGAUCAUGAUUUUCAGUAG